AUGGAUGGGAAGAAAUGCAGCGUCUGGAUGUUUCUGCCUCUUGUAUUUACCUUGUUUACUUCAGCUGGAUUGUGGAUAGUAUACUUUAUAGCUGUGGAAGAUGACAAAAUUUUCCCGUUGAAUUCAGAGGAAAGGAAACCUGGUGUAAAGCAUGCACCAUAUAUAAGUAUCGCAGGUGACGAGCCUCCUGCAAGCUGUGUGUUCAGUCAGGUGAUGAACAUGGCAGCUUUUUUAGCCCUUGUAGUAGCAGUUCUGCGCUUCAUACAACUGAAACCAAAGGUUUUAAACCCGUGGCUGAAUAUUAGUGGAUUGGUGGCUCUGUGUCUGGCUUCCUUUGGAAUGACCCUCCUUGGUAAUUUUCAGCUCACGAAUGAUGAGGAAAUCCAUAACGUUGGGACUUCGUUGACCUUCGGAUUUGGCACAUUGACCUGCUGGAUCCAGGCUGCACUGACACUCAAAGUCAACAUCAAAAACGAGGGGCGGAAGGUUGGCAUCCCAAGAGUUGUUCUGUCAGCAUCUAUCACUCUCUGCGUGGUCCUCUACUUCAUCCUCAUGGCCCAGGGCAUCCACAUGUAUGCAGCCAGGAUCCAGUGGGGCCUGGUCAUGUGCUUCGUGUCUUACUUUGGCACCUUUGCUGUGGAGUUCCGGCAUUAUCGCUAUGAGAUCGUUUGCUCCGAGUACCAAGAGAAUUUCCUGAGCUUCUCAGAAAGCCUGUCAGAAGCUUCUGAGUAUCAGACCGACCAGGUGUAA